AUGUGCGAGCUUGAAGAGUAUCUACGAAUAUGCAUGCUGUAUGAGUUCAAACUCGGUCGUACCGCAUGUGGUGCAUAUAGGAACUUGAUUCGGGCAUAUGGGGAGGGUUCAGUUGCCCGAAGUACGGUACUGAGAUGGUUUGCAAAAUUUCGUCGUGGAAUUCAAAGCCUUGAAAAUGGGACACAUACGGGUCUUUCGAAGGUCCUAGACGAUGAUGAAUUGGAGGAUACAAUCAGGGAAAAUCCAAACAUUACCCAAGCCGAGUUAUCGAAGAUGUUUGGAGUUGGCGCAGCAACAAUAUCUAAACAUUUAAAGAGGAUAAAGACCGGAGCGAAGAUGAAGUUUAUUGGACAUAAGAAGCGUGAAGAGCCGAUUGAAGCAGCACGAUUGAUCGCGGAAUCCAGACAGCCGAACUAUUACCCGUACACUGAGCCUCCCCCUCCACUCACAGUGUUACGGAGCCUUAAAGAACAACCUGAGGAUCGACCUCAAGAGACGGUUAAAAAAGCUGAACCGACUCGACCUGUACUCGUUGCUGUUAAGACGGAUGUCGGAGCUGCCAUAAUUGGUGGUUUGGAAAGCCUCGAAAGCGGUGACGCUGCCAAAGUUUUUAUUUCUGAUGAAGAACAAGAAGAUGAAGAGGUGGAUGUAUUAGAAGGUAAGAUAUGCUCUCGAAACUUGUUAAUUUAUAGUGCACUACCACGAGGCAAGGAUUUC